ACGAGGUCUUGAGAAGAUCUCUGGCGAGGUUAACCAUGUGCGCGUAGACCCUUUUGGAAACCAGCGCGAUUUCGUUUUAAAGCGGGUAUCUUGGAGCGCGUGUAUUACCGCGGCGCUCGGAGAUUAGAAGGUAAACAUGUCUCUACAGAGGAUAUGCAGGUUGAGUCGCAGUUUGAGAGCUAAGAUGCCGGCUCUGCUAGUAUGUCGGCGUGAGAGCUCAGAUGCCCGUCCCGAGGAUGUGAUGUUGCAGCAGUACCUGCCAGAUACCCGUGCUGAUCCGGAAGCCUACAAGGACCGAUGGGCGUCCGAGGCAUCCGAGAAGUACACCAAGGUCGAAGAAGUGCCCGGACACUGGCACUAUGUGGAGCGCCUCCUCCCUUUGAAGACUGCGCCAGAACCUCCCAGGUUUGAGGGCCGAGCACCUUCCGGCUGGCAGCCGCCAUCCCCCCAGCCUCCUCAGCUGCCCUAUUUUGUGCCACGAACACGCAACCAUAUGCUUCCCGUCUACCUCAGAAAAGAAAUACGUGGGCCACGAUUUAUCACGCGGGUGAAGCACAUCGAAGGCGACAUCUGGGCAUUCCACGAUGAACUGAAAAAAUACCUUGAGAGCUUGGCCAACAAAGAAGUGCUCUCGCAAGUGCAUGAACUUGGCAGCUAUGUGGGCUACAAGGGUGCCUUCGUUGAAGAGGUAACAGAGUGGCUGUAUAAGAAGGGCUUUUAAAGGUAGCACAUAGUUAGCAGAGUCCAUGGACCAUCACUACGCAAACAUGUAGAUCCUGGAGCAUCCGUCACACCUCAUACAACCGUAGAGUGUCAUUAGCUUAGUCAGUACGGUGGCUCUGGUUUCUUUGGGCUUGUGUGCCGGUGCCUGAUCCAUAAGAGCGCAAUAAAGGCAGAUGUCUGAUGUA